UGUUGAAAGUGUGUCUGGCUGGCGGUCAUGGAAAACCUUUUUCUGCAGUCCCCCAGUACAACCAUUCUACUGGGAACUCUUGGGAUACUACUUGUCUUGUAUGUAUUUUUCCCCAACUUUGACUGUCAGAUAAAUGAGCCUCCAGGACCAAGACCACUGCCUGUGUUUGGCAAUUUACUGCAGAUGAAUCUUAAGUCAACCCACACUACGCUGUAUGAGCUUUCCAAGAAAUAUGGAUCUGUGUUCACAGUGUAUUUUGGACCCCAGAAAGUGGUUAUCCUGGCAGGAUACAAGACCGUGAGGCAGGCACUGAUCAACUAUGCUGUGGAGUUUGGAGAGAGACACGUCUUUCCAGCAGGCAUUGACUUAAGUGGUUUACAUAGUAGAGGAAUCUUAUUUGCCAAUGGGGAAGUAUGGAAAGAGAUGAGGCGUUUUGCUCUGAGCAACCUGAGAGACUUUGGGAUGGGCAGAAAAGCAGCAGAGGAGAAAAUCAUUGAGGAGACUCAGCAUCUGAUCAAAGUGUUCGAAAGGCAUGACGGUAAACCCUUCAGUUUCACCCAGUCAAUAAACUAUGCAGUUUCCAACAUCAUCUGUUCAAUUGUCUAUGGCAGCAGAUUUGAUUACAGUGAUACAGAAUUUACAAGUAUGGUAGACCGAGCCAAUGACAGCAUUCGACUGAUUGGCUCUCCUUCAGUACAGUUGUACAAUCUUUACCCCUGGAUAUUUCAAUGGGUGAGAAACAGGAUGCGUCUUAGGAAGAAUGUUGCUGAAAACCAUAAACAAAUGAAGCAGCUGAUUGGACGUUUACAAGAAACCUUGAAUGAUCAGAUUUGCAGAGGAUUUGUGGACUCAUUUCUGGCACACAAACAGAAUCUAGAGGUAAUAAAAUCAAGUGUGAUAUCAUCAUACAUGAGUUAAAUCUAUAAUCCUUUAUUUCUGGGUUUUUUUAAUGACUUAAUUGAUGUUUAACAUGAAUUCAUAAAACAUCACUGUUCUGUCUAUUAAAACGGCCAAUAGCUGGAGGAUGAA